AUGACAAUGGGGUCCCUGGUGCAGGCCCAAAUGUCAACACUCAACUAUCAGCUCUACAAGAUGGGCAUGCAAGUCGUCGGUCCCAUCGCGGAGCUUCAACUGCUGACUUCCGUCGAAUGUGCCUUUCACUGUCACAUGAGCAAGAAUCCAACUUGUUACACCUUCUCCGCCACGAAGAGCUCCGGAGCCGUCGACUGCCGGCUGAGUGGAUGGAAACCGAACCUCCAGGCGGAUACUAACAGCGAGUACUUCGUACUGAAAAUUCCAGGAGGCUACGAACUGGUGCCAGGCACGUCGUCGUACGUGAAGACAGUCGUCACCACCACGAAGAACUGGAACCAGGCCGAGGCAGACUGCGAGGUAGACGGAGGCCGACUGGCCGUGGACACCAACCAGCAGAUCCACGCCUACAUGACCCAGAUGAUCUUGAGUCUCGGGAUCUACUCGAACGUUGGAGCUGGCACCGGAUACUUCAGGAUCGGUGGGCAGAGCACGAUGGACGCCAACCACUGGAGACUUCUCGACGGCACACUCCUGAAUUACACGGGGAAAGGUCAAGGACUGUUCCACCCGACCGAACCCAAUCAAGGGGGAGGAUGUCUGAUGAUCGCCGUCUACAAGGCCCCGGACUCCACAUGCUGCAACGGACGCUGGGCGGAUAACGAUUGCACCAUAACUACCUGGAGCUCUGGAUAUUUCUGCGAAAUUCAGGUUCCGGCGUAAGUCAUUCCCGAGAGGACGGAUGUGACUACGCCUGGACACAAGCCGGAAAAUAUGGACGAAGAAGAGAUUGAUCACUUCUCGGUACUUCAAGGGUCUGUAUUUGGUGUAGUCUUUAGAUAAUGUUCCAUGCUGAUUUUAUGUUACGUUAUGUCCAUGUUUGGUAUUAUAUAAGGUUUAUGUGGUAUUGUGUUGGCACAGAAUAUAUUUCCGCUCAUCACAGGAAUAUGUAAGUCCAUGUAAAGUG